GUCGUACAGGAAACUUGGGUAUGUUUCCCUCUAUAUCUCAAUGCUUGCCGCCAAAGCAAGCCUGUCUGAUUCUUUGGUAAGAUUGAAGCUAUCCACCCGCGUGGCGUACGUUCUAAGGUAAAAGUAAGUUAAUAAUAUUCUCGCGCCACAAAAGUUAGUUUGGUGGGUGUCAGUCAACGCCAUUACAUAUAUCAGUUAUGAUGUCUGAUAACCAAGGUCUUCCAAGACCUCGAAUUAAUUCAUCGAUGCUGUCACGAUAUAUAAGCAAACCCGUCUGUUUCGUCGGGCGUGUUGAGAAGGUACACCCAACUGGAAAAUCUUUCACGAUCACUGAUGGAGAGGGACAAUGUGUUCACGUUGAAUUAAAUUACCCCCUUGCAGAGGAGCUUUCUGGAAUUGUAGAAGUCAUUGGAAUGGUGUCAAACAAAGGAGCUAUCAUGGCCACCACAUUCCAAUGUCUCCCAGAAGAGAAGGGCAUUAACUUUAACCUGGAACUCUACAAUGAAGCUGUAAAGAUCAUCCAUGACUUCCCCGAGCACUAUCCUUUUGAAGUGGCUCCGGCUGAAUCGGAUUUAUUUUAAAGCAAACGUUUUGUUCUGAAAGUGACCCAAAAAAAUCAUCAUGAAUUAUAUGAAUCAAUGAAAAUAUUUCACAAUAAACCAUCUGAUAUGAAAGUGACCAAAAAAAACAAUCAUCAUGAAUUAUACAGAGAUGAAAGUCCUCCUGAUUUUCAAAUUUUAAUAAAUUUCUCCGUAGGAUUGAGGAAAAAAUUGCCUAAAAUUAAUCCGAAUAUUAGUUGACAACAUUGAAUGAACACGCGUUUCAGUUCGUUGUUUUGCUUUCAUGAGCGUAGCCAUGUUGAGGCACUAACACUAGUAACAGUAAAGAGAUUUUCAUCUCUUUAUAAACACACCUGCUAAACCCCAGUGGAACGAAUCAAAGACGCAGUGGACAAGACAGUUGUUGUCGUAAAAGAUAUAUUUGGAUAAAAAGGGAAACGCACAGAUUGGCAGAAAAACGUGUCCGUCCGACUCAGAAUGUCGUCUCGGCUAGCUUAGGUUAGCUGUUGUGUGUGACGUCGGCUGCGUUGGUGCUGAUUGGUUGAAAUCAAAAGACGCGCUUGCGUACAUGUUUGCGUUGAUGCACGCUCAGCAGAGAGCAGCGGAUCAUCUACUGCUGAGUAGUGAUGGGAAUUCCGGCUCCUUUGGCUCGGCUCCCUAAAAAGAGCCGGCUCUUUCGGCUCCCAAAUGGCUCCUCAGUUUUUUUUGUUGCUUAAAUUAAUUUAAUACCAAAAAUAACGUAAUAUUAUGUGUAAAAUGAAGUACUAAUGCAAAAAAUGGACAUUAUAUCAAAUAUUUAUUAUUUAUAUGGCUUUAUUUAUAUUCUUCUGAACAUACUCAACAUGGAGUGCUACAAAAAUAAAAACAAAGUAAAAAGACCCAUCUCAAAACAAGGUCGUCAAAAAGUUCCAAUCUCUGAAUGUGUAUAUUUAUAAGCUUUUAACUAUUUACAGUAAAACAACAUAAAUAAGCUUUGAAUACCACACAACAAAUUAUAUAAAUUUAAAACAUUGUAAAACAAAAAGAAAAAAAGCAGCAUUCAGGUAGGUUUUAGCUUGUCUUUAGCGAAGAUUGGCAUGAAGAAAAACCAAGUGCCUCAACUUUGACCUCUUUCUCCUCUCUGUUAAUAUUUGCCCUGUUUUGGAGAAGAUUCUCUCUGAGGGGACAGAUGUUGCGACAACACACAGGCAACACAAAAUGGAUGAAAAUCCCUUGCAAUCAUUUUACCCAAUUCCUCGUCAAUUGUGUUCUGUUUUGCUGGUUUUAUAGCUUUUUGCAUAAAGUGGCUCAUAGAGCUCUGGGUUGUACAUCUAGGCAGUUGUGACAUUGCAGCAACAGUUGCAGACACACUAGCACCUUCAUUAAUAGCUGGUUCCCUUGCUUGUCUUUUCUCUUCAAAUUGUACUCAUGGGUGGACAUUUCUGAUGUGCCUGUGCAGGUUAUUUGUGGAGCCUGAUCUAUGGGAUAUUUUAACCUUGCACAGUCUACACGCUGCCUUUGAACUAUCAAUUAAAUUGAAAUGAGUCCAUA